AUGCAGGCCUCCUCGGGCAUGUUGACCAAGUUCGAGUCCAAGUCCUCGCGCGCCAAGGGCAUCGCCUUCCAUCCCAAGAGACCAUGGAUCCUCGUCGCGCUUCACUCCUCCACCAUCCAGCUCUGGGACUACCGCAUGGGAACAUUGAUCGACCGAUUCGAGGAACACGAUGGCCCUGUUCGAGGAAUUGACUUCCACAAGACGCAGCCCCUCUUCGUGUCGGGAGGCGACGACUACAAGAUCAAGGUCUGGUCCUACCAGACCCGCCGAUGCCUCUUUACAUUGAACGGACAUCUCGACUACGUCCGCACCGUUUUCUUCCAUCACGAGCUGCCAUGGAUCCUGUCCGCCUCCGAUGACCAGACCAUCAGGAUAUGGAACUGGCAAAAUCGCUCCUUGAUCUGCACAAUGACAGGACACAACCACUACGCCAUGUGCGCUCAGUUCCAUCCCAAGGAGGACCUCAUCGUCUCCGCCUCCCUCGACCAGUCCGUCCGCGUCUGGGACAUUUCCGGCUUGCGCAAGAAGCACUCGGCACCCACAUCGAUGACUUUCGAAGAUCAGGUCGCCCGCUCGAACCAGAACCAGGCCGAUAUGUUUGGUAACACCGACGCCGUUGUCAAGUUUGUGUUGGAAGGCCAUGACCGUGGUGUGAACUGGGUUGCGUUCCAUCCCACCAUGCCCCUCAUUGUCUCUGCUGGCGACGACAGGCUUGUCAAGCUUUGGCGUAUGAGCGAGACCAAGGCUUGGGAGGUCGAUACUUGCAGAGGGCAUUUCCAGAACGCAUCUGGCUGCUUAUUCCAUCCCCACCAAGACCUGAUCCUCUCCGUCGGCGAAGACAAGACCAUCCGCGUCUGGGACCUCAACAAACGCACCGCUGUUCAAUCAUUCAAGCGCGAGAACGACCGAUUCUGGGUCAUUGCUGCCCACCCUGAGAUCAACUUGUUCGCCGCUGGCCACGACAACGGCGUUAUGGUCUUCAAGCUCGAGAGAGAGAGACCGGCAUCUUCGGUGUACCAGAACAACCUCUUUUACAUCACCAAGGAGAAGCACGUCAAAUCGUACGACUUCCAGAAGAGCAUUGAGAGCCCGACUCUCCUGUCGCUCAAGAAGCUUGGCAGCCCCUGGACCCCACCGCGAACUCUUUCCUACAACCCUGCUGAGCGCUCCGUGCUUGUUACAUCUCCCUCCGACAGCGGGUCGUACGAGUUGAUUAACCUCCCUCGCGAUGGAUCCGGUGCGAUCGAGCCUACGGAGUCGAAGCGUGGCCAGGGCAACUCAGCCAUCUUCGUCGCGCGCAACCGCUUUGCCGUUUUGAACACCUCCAGCCAGACGAUCGACAUUAAGGACCUGUCCAACAACACGACUCGGUCCUUCAAGCCUCCUGUUGGAACGAGCGAUAUCUACUUCGGUGGUACUGGCAACCUCCUCAUCAUUACCCCGACAGCUGUUCAUCUAUACGACAUCCAGCAAAAGAAGAGCGUUGCCGAGCUGGCAGUCAACGGUGUCAAGUACGUGGUCUGGUCGAACGAUGGCCUUUACGCCGCUCUCCUGAGCAAGCACAACGUUACCAUUGUCACAAAGACACUUGAGCAAGUCAGCACACUGCAUGAGACUAUCCGCAUCAAGAGCGCAACUUGGGAUGACGCUGGUGUUCUGCUGUACUCGACUCUCAACCAUAUCAAGUAUACGCUUCUCAACGGCGACAACGGCAUCGUCCGCACCCUCGACCAGACUGUUUACCUGGUCCGCGUCAAGGGCCGCAAUGUGUACUGCCUGGACAGAGCGGCAAAACCUAAGGUUCUUCACGUUGACCCGACCGAGUACCGAUUCAAGCUUGCGCUAGUUAAGCGAAACUACGAGGAGAUGCUUCACAUCAUUCAGAACUCCAGUCUCGUCGGUCAAUCCAUCAUCUCUUACCUCCAGAAGAAGGGCUACCCCGAAAUUGCUCUCCAGUUUGUGCAAGACCCCACGACCCGCUUCGAGCUCGCCAUCGAAUGCGGAAACCUUGAUGUUGCCGUUGAGAUGGCCAAGGAGCUGGACCGCCCUAAGCUGUGGCAAAGACUGAGCGGGGAAGCUUUGGCCCAUGGCAACCAUCAAGUCGUCGAGAUGGCCUACCAAAAGCUGAAGCAGUUCGACAAGCUAUCCUUUUUGUACCUGUCUACUGGUGACCACUCCAAACUUGCUCGCAUGGCCAAGAUCGCCGAGCACCGCGGUGACUUCACUGCAAGGUUCCAAAAUGCCCUGUUCCUCGGCGAGGUUGAAGACCGAAUCCAGAUGUUUAAGGAAAUUGAUCUUUACCCGUUGGCGUACAUGACCGCCAAAUCUCAUGGCCUUGAGGAGGAGUGCCAAGCCAUUCUUGAGGCAACUGGUCUCACGGAGGAGCAGCUUGAAACCCCGACGAUCGGAGAGGCGCUGACGCCACCGAAGCCUGUGGUACCCACAUUCAAAGCCAACUGGCCCACAAAGGCGACCUCGCAAUCGGUGUUUGAGAAGGCUCUGUUGGGCCAGGUUGAGGGCCUGUCUUUGGAUGACGCGCCUGCCGCUGCCAAUGGCUUCGACGAUGCCGCCGAAGACGACGGUACUGCCAAGAAGAACGGCAACCUUAUCGAUGUCGACGAUGAAGAGGAUGCCGCAGGCUGGGAUCUGGGCGAUGAUGUCGUUCCCGAGAUCGAGGGCGACUUCGUGAACGUUGACAGCGCAGAGGCAGGAGGUGCUGGCAGCAGCGAGGCCGAUCUCUGGGCUCGCAACUCCCCUCUUGCUGUAGAUCAUGUUGCGGGUGGCUCGUUCGAGUCGGCAAUGCAACUGCUCAACAGACAAGUGGGAGCCGUCAACUUUGCGCCCUUGAAGCCCCGCUUCCUUGAAGUUUACCAGGCAUCAAAAACAUAUCUGCCGGCCUCUGCUAAUCUUCCUCCGUUGGUCAACUACGUGCGGCGCACGAUUGACGAGACGGACCCUAGAAAGGUGCUGCCGAUUGUACCUCGCGAUCUCGAGUUCCUGGCUACCAACGACCUUCAGCAAGGGUACAACUCUAUGAAGACGAACAAACUCGAGGAUGGUCUUAAAGUCUUCAAGGGCAUCCUUCACGCCAUCCUCAUCAACGCCGUGUCCAGCGAAAGCGAGGUGGCCGAGGCCAAGAAACUCAUCACAUCCGCUAGCGAGUAUGCUGUGGCUAUGGAGAUUGAGCUCAGCCGUCGCCAGCUUGGCACCACGGGCGAGCAACUUAAGCGCGGUCUUGAGCUCUCUGCCUAUUUCACCAUCCCCAAGAUCGAGGUUCCCCACCGACAGCUUGCCCUGCACAACGCGAUGCAGCUCGCGAUAAGGAACAAAAACUACGGAUCAGCCCUCAGCUUCGCCAACCGCAUCAUUGCCAACGGCGGCUCGAGCAAGCUGACGGAAAACGCCAAGAAGGCAAAGGCGCAAUGCGAGCGUAACCCCUCGGAUGCCAUUGAGAUUGAAUUUGACCAGUUUGCCGAGUUUGACGUCUGCGCGGCAAGCCACACACCCAUCUACAGCGGUACUGCAUACGAGGAGUGCGCCUUCGACGGUUCCAAAUACCACAGCAAGUACAAAGGCACCGUCUGCAAGGUUUGCGAGGUCUGCGAGAUUGGUAAGCACGGCAGUGGCCUGAAGCUCUUUGCGUAA